UGCUUUUUCUUAUUCUAUUUGAGCAAAUUUUGGAAUUUAGUUUGGAUUAAUUUGUACGUAAAAGUAGCUUGCUUGAUCUACCUCGUUCCGUACCAAGAAGUAAUCUGCUGUUUUCCGCCAGAAGUGAUAACAAAAUUUUGUUGAGUGGCUUUGCCACUUUAGCCUUUAACUGGCUUUUGAAUAUAGUAUAGAAUACUCGUAGACAGUGUUGAACGUAGCGUGCUAUCUAAUCAGCUUAAUCAUUCGUCAUUGUGACAACAGCAAGUCAACUGAUUAUCUGAAGCAUUUUGAGAAUUUGUCAGAUCUAUUCUCUCCCUGUGUGUGUUGAUUUUGGGUAAUUCGUAUGGUUAAGUGUCUCUGGUGGAGCGCUGUGGCGUUUCGACUUUCGCUGAGGAAGAUCUGGCGAGGAAAUAGGAGACAUCGUGGACGUAAUGAUCUUGAGUUCUGCGAGGGUGUUUCUGUGUGCCUGCAGGCCGUAGACAGAACGGACAGCACAGCGAAAUUGCGAAUCACCUUGGUGGCUCACAGUACGCCUACACUUUUGGAUUGUGCGAUUACAUUGAAAUCGACAUCCUUCUCCAUAAUAUCCUUCGCUACACAACGUCCAGUGGCGAAUUCCUCCAGCAGAAGUCCAGACGAUGGGAACUCGUUUGUUCUCCAGCGCAACGUAUCACAGUCGUAAUGGAAGUUUUGUCAACAGUAGCUACACCUCCGGAUCAGAUGAGCAUGUCUCCUUGGUCGGACCAGGCCACCCGGAACCCGUGGAGACGGUUAUCAGUCUGAACACAUGCAACUGUGAUCCGCUGAUUAAGAUCGACGAUAUCCCUCUAUCGCGGGACAGCCGCUCCAGCCUGUAUGACUCAGUGUAUUGUGGAGAGAAUGGCGAUACUCAUUUCCUCGUGGAGACACCUGACAGUAAGUUGGAAUGCCGCGGUUCCCAUUCGCGCCAAUCCAGCACCAGCUCCGUCAGUGAUUUCCGUCCCACGGUCAGAAAUUAUCCAGAAGAAAAAUUGAAAACGUUGCUAGCGUUGGGAUUUCUGUUCGUUGGACUGUUUUGCACGACGCUGGCACUGGCGUUUGUUCAUGAUCGACUGCCGGAUGGACCGCCACUUCCGGAUGUCGUUUUCAGUCUAGUUCCCCAAUGGGAUUAUGGAUUGGCCAUGUCCGAGUACCUGUUAAUGCUCUGUGUGUACCCUACGAUUAUCCUAAUGGCUUUUCACCGGCACAGGUGGAUCGUAUUUCGACGAGUGUUCGUCAUUGUGGGUCUGCUCUACCUCGGCCGCAGUAUUACCAUGCUGGUGACAGCGGUUCCUGUGGCCAAUACGCAUUAUUUCUGCCAACCAAAGAUGAAUAUUACUGGACCAAGUACCAUUCUGCUACGAGCAUGGACAUUACUAUCAGGAUUUGGCAUGUCAAUUAAUGGCAAACAUUACUACUGUGGAGAUUAUAUUUAUAGUGGCCAUACCUGUAUGUUGGUCCUUUCCGCUCUGAUUUAUGGUGAAUAUCUACCACGGAAGGGAUGGAUUGCUAAGGCGUUGAGGAUAUUUUUCUACUCCUGUAGCACUUUAGGUGUGAUUCUGGUUUCCAUCUCCCGCGGCCAUUACACUGUGGACAUUGUUAUCGCCUACGUUGUUACCACGGUGGUGUUCUGGAUCUAUCACACCAUUUGCGCCCAUCCUCAACUAAAGGCGUUUUCUCAGAACAAUCAUUUGUCCCGUAUGUGGUGGUUCCGGUUUGUGAUAUUCUUUGAAGAGAACGUCCCCGAUGGGAAAUUGCCGUUGCGCUACAACUAUCCCUUUCCUUGGCCUAAACGCUGCAUCAAUCUUAAAUGGGACUACAUGGAGUGAUGUCACUUUUAUGAUGAUUUGGUGUGAUUCGCAAGUGUUUUGCCAUAGCCGCGUUGCGUCCUUGAAUACCUAAUUCGUCUAUUUGGUUGGAUCGUUUGGUACGGAUGAAGUGAUCACGAUUCAAAGCGCACCUUUCAAGAUUUAGCCGAACAGAGAAAAAAAUGUUUUAUUUUGGCCUGUGAAUCGAAGUUUCAGAGUACUCCAUGGCAGUAUUCCUACCUGUUGUUUUUUACAGUUGACUUUUACUGGUUUUAAUCGCAGCGUACAUUUGCGAAAAGAGUAGUUAUUAGACUUUAUUAAUCCGGUUGUUGUAAUGGAUUGAUAAUCUAGAUUAAUUUGUAGAAUAUGUUGGUUUUUUGCAAAUUCUGAUGGACGUUAAUUAUCGUUAUAGGCAGCUGCUAUCUGUGUCUCUUGUUUUCUACGAUGAUGUUAUGAAUAAUACACUUUGCGAGCGA